GAAAGCUAAAGUGGGGUGCGCAAGAGUGCCAUUCAGUGUGUGGAUAGCUCACUGCGCGCGCGCUAUCGCCUGAUAUCAACAUGCGAUAUCUGCUGCUAUGUGCCCUUGUGGUGGCCGCGGUGGCCAGGGAAGACGACUGGCAGCCCAUCGUGCCUGAGUCCUCCAUCACGUAUUCCACAUAUGUCAAGUCUCCAGACAGGUCGCUGGGAGCUGCAUCAUCGCUGAAAAUCAUCAACCGCCGCCCGAGCCCGAACAAAAUCGGAGGACUCCUGAGCCAGCCACCUUCGGACACCUGUAGCAUCCACAAGGCUUCCAUGAGCCAGGACCUGGUCUACCAAUACUUGGAGUUCGAGAUGGACCUGCCGGACCUGAAGGAGUUCACCCUAUGCAUGUGGUCCAAGUUCCAUAAUCACUCCGAUGAUCAUCCCCUGUUUUCAUAUUCUGUUGAAGACAGUCCCAAGGAGAUCUUGGCGUGGAUAUCCAAUACCAACGAGGCGAGUUACUUCAGCAUGGCCGUGCACGGCCAGACGUUCUUCAGGCUAAACUACCCCUUGAAGCUGAACACGUGGUACCAUUCCUGCCAGUCCUGGAACGGCAAGACGGGUGAGUGGCAGAUCUGGGUGAACGCUGAGAGGGUGGGCCGAGGCUUCCAUAACCGGCUUGUCGGUCAUAUCAUCAAAGGGGGAGGCGUGGCGGUCACAGGACAAGACCAAUCGUUCUUGUACACCAAAGAUGGACAGACACCAGUGAUCAAAAAACCCGGUCUGAUAGGAGAAAUAACAAUGCUGCAGAUGUACCACGUGGCACUGACCGCCGGCAAGGCCCACAAAGACCACAAACAUCACCACGCACACCACUUCAAACACGACGGCACCCCAAUAGAAAGCGCCACGGAACCCGCCACGGAGCCCCCACCACCGCAAGCCACUCCCAUCGGCAACGGAAACUUCCUCAUCGGAGGACAGAUCCAACGAAACCCUACUCUCAAUUUAGCUGGAGUCCAACAGCAAAUGAUGGUUCCAGUGCAACUUCCCAAUGGAAUCCAGAUCCAACAACCUUACAUCAACGGUCAAUUACCAAUAGGCAACAGAAUCGUAUCAGAACAGCUUAUUAACAGCAUACAACCAGCUGAACUCAGUACCGUUGGAAGACCUUUAGUGUCUGUAGGAAGACCAAGGCCAGUGACUAGUUACAGCCAAUCUCUUGGGCCGUCGAAAGGGACAACGGUGCUUCUGUCGGGGUCAUUACUCAACCCAGCUAAUGUACAAUAUAUUGAUGAUACGGCACCUCAUGGUCUGUACAAGAGAGAUUCAAACAAACGUGAUAAGAGGGACAAUCCAGAAAAAGAGCUGGCUGAGGAAGCGAAAUCAGGAAAGAAAGACAAGCGCGGUCUAAUAGCGUUGUCGGACGGCUCGAUAGUGGACGAGGCGUUACUCAGCGCUGACCUGGAGCCCGAUACUGAUGACGAGCUGUUCCAGCAGUCAUUGCUGAACGGCCUCGCUGGAGUCGUCGGCAACUUGCCGGUGCAGAAUGUUCAGAAACAGACGGUAGAUGAAAGAGAACCAGCCGAAGCAGAAGUGAAGGCAGUGAUGCAAGUAUGCAGCGGUUGUGCCCUAGAACCCUUCAAGAAGGCCCUAGUGCUGUCCUGGAGGUCAACCCCGAAGAAGUUGUACAAUGGAGCACACUACUACAAGGGACUGCCGAUAUGUAAAGCGUUUAAAUAAUAUUAGACGAGAACUCCACUGACUAAUCUUAAAAGGUUGCCAUAGAAAGAGAUUAUUUCUGUUUUGUAUCACAAAGCAUUCGUAUUUACAAUACCGUUUGUCGUAUUCUAUUUGAAUUGCAGAGUUUCAAAGUUUCGUACUGUUUGAGUUCCGGAAUGUUAUAUGUCGCAAAUGAAAAACGUUGCAAAAAAAAAUGAGAUCAAAUUGUCAGUGGAAUUUGCUGUGUACAAAAGUGAAAUGUGAAGUUUGUGUGUGUAUAUUCUGAUAAAAAUCGUUUGUCGCAUUGUAGGACAGUGACUACCUAAUGUCUAUAAUAUAUUUGUUCAAAUGAUCCUAGGUAGCAGCGUCCCGAACAAAAUGACAAAAGACCCGUCAGACUUCGCAAUCAUCGAUCAUUGAAUGUGGUACAUUGUUCAAUACGAACCGGCAAAACUAGGGCUUCGUGAGUCCAUAGCUUUGUUCACGUCAUUCAUUCAUUUAUAUCAGAUAUAUCAUCUUGAGUAAUGCAACUGGACUUUUGAGAAUUUGUGAGUCGCAGAAAAAAUAUCGAAUUUACGGCGAACUCAAAAUAUAAUAUCACCUAUAAAAUGCCAUAGAAAGAGAUUAUUAUAUUAUAUUUCCAUCGAUGUGGCUUUAUCGAUACCAUCAGGCUCAUAAUGGAUUAUUAACAAAUGUAAAUUUAAGCACUGAAUAUUGAAACGUUCGUAAACCGCAUCAAUUAACUGUGCAAACCCAUUUAAUAGAAAAUCCAUUUUGUCCUCUUUAUAAACUAUUUUUAUGCAAUUCGUAUCAUAUGUUAAGCAAUGAUUUAUGUCUUAUAUCGUAGGAUUUUGAUAAUAAUAAGCAAAUCAGUGUGGCCAAAAAUUACUUCACUAGAGGCUGCUAGUUUAAAUUCUUUUUUUUUAAUUAGUCAAUGUGACGAUUUGUGCUUGCCAUCGCGAGUAGUAAUUUAUUUUAGUCUUAAUAUUGGUAACUUCUAUUUUAUACUCCUUGAAGUUUCUCUGAGCAAAAACACGUAAUGGCGCAUCUUGUUGUUGCCUUGUAAUUUUUUAAUGCUGUAGAAUGACUGUCGCUCUUGUAUUAUCUCGGUUGAAAUUUGUUGAGUAAUAUAAUUCAUAAAUAAAAUUAUUCUUUAUGAAGUCGAUUGAGUACGAAUACUACUUAUAAUAAUAAGUCGAAGAAGGACAACUUAGCAAGGAAGCUUAGGAACAAGGUAGCUGCGGGCGUUUACCGCAUGAAAUAUAGUUUCACAGAGUUCGCGCGCAUGUACCCGAUACAAAUUCAUACAAUAAACGUGAAACGCCACGCAUUACCAAUCCGGAGUCUACCACAUUUUUGUAAAACAAAUUGAUAAAAAACACUAUUAUUUCCAUUCCCAUUUCGAUGGAAUAUACGUAAUGAAGUAAUCGUACAUUAUUUUAUAGUUUAUUAUUAAGGUUUCCAUAUAAAAUUGUUACCAUUUUUUAAAUAAACUCUUUAUAAUUA